AUGAUCAUAAACCGGGGGAUAAGCCAUCGUCACUUUUCGACUGGAGACUAUAUUUUGGGUGAAUCAUCAUCAUCAUCAUCAUCAUCAUCAUCAUCAGCAGCAAACGAAGACGACGAAGGCAAAGAAGAUCGAAAGAUUCUGGAACAGUCUCUUGAUUGGCUUCGCCGGUCCGUGAUCGGGCUCAGUCUGUGCCCAUUUGCCGAGAAACCGCUGAUGCAACAGACGCUGUCCAUGGAGGUUGUACACGGCAGCGAACAGGUAGAAAUUUUGGCAAGCGUAUUGUCAGAGUGCCUUCGAAGGCAAAAACGAAAGGGGACCUCGUUGAUCAUUUGUCCAGACCUUUUUCCAGAAAAUUUUGUGGCAUUCCUAGAAAUAACCCAAAUGGUGGAAGGUCUUUUGGAUGAUUGGGACCUGGAUGGUGACCUACAAGUAGCCCAUUUCCAUCCAAAAUUCGAAUUCGAUGGAUCGGGCGAUGGUAUCGACAACUACACGAAUAGGUCUCCCUACCCUACAUUGCACAUCCUCCGUGAAGAAGAGGUAUCCGUCGCCGUCGAAUCCAUAUCGGGUGACGCAAGCAAAGUAUGGAAGCGCAACGUUCGAUUGCUGGAGACCUUGGAAGAGAAGAUAGGGCGACCAGCCACGGAACAAGUGGCUCGGGGAGAGUUUGUGGACCAGGAAAUACAAAAUCAAGUGGAAGCGAUCUUGAAGGGACUCAAGAAAAGCUAA